AUGCCUCAGUCAACUUUCAAAUCCUUUCACAGCCUUAGUGUUGAGCAUCCCGACUUUGCUACGCACCCACGAUUCUGGACUUCGCACCAUCUUUCCGUCGUAAAGUGCAGCUUCCAGCAGGUCGAAAGCGAGAAUGCACAUAAGCCUGUGAUUCUUGACACCAAACAAGCCGAAGACAUGGCGGAGUGUGCUUUAGCCCUCGCUCGCGACAAGUUCGCGGAAAGGAAGGGCUACAAGGUCGACGCCCUUCUCUGUAAUAAUGAGUCCACCCCCAUCACAUAUACCGACUAUUGGCCCACCUUUCACUAUGGCCAAUGUAUCGUUCGCCUGUACAAUUCCCACGUCCGCAUCUACUGCAUCAAGGAAGAGAUUUCCAUGCCGCAUGCCAAUCCUAUCAUUGGGUACUAUACGUACACUGCCGACAAGGAACGUCGGAACAAGCUUGUCGCAAAUCGGGCCCCGAAUGGGCGCAUCAACAAACCUGCUCGGAACAUCUGUGACAUCAAAUAUCGCCAAGUGACCCCGACAGACUGGCGACAUGACCCAUACUUGGUUUGCCUCCUGAUGAGCUUGGCCCAACUCCAGAAACGCCAUGCUCUCGCUGCUCCGAAGGGACCGUUCCUGGCACGCCUCCUCGUCACGAACCUGGCCGAUGUUAGCAAUGCGUACGUCUACAAGGCGGAUAUUCCGCGCCAGCUCCUCGAAAGUCUGGACUGUCCUACCCGCACCAUCGAAGACUUCGUCUUUCCGACUGUCAACUACGUAGUGGUACCUUUUGAACCGUACUCGACCUUUGCAGAGCGCGUCCGGGCUGAGCUGGUCGGCCCGGAGUACUAUUCUCCUCCUGACCCAGUCGACUCGAAUCAGGCAGUGCCUUCGGAUCCACAAGGCGAGAAGCGAAAGCGUGACGAGGAGUAA